AUGCGUGUCUUUCUCAUCCAGACCGCAAAGGGUCUUUUUUCCUCUUCGGGCGGUUACAAGGCUAAUAACGCGCUAUUGCGCUACCUCUCGUCCAGAGGUCACUGUGUCCGCCAGCUAUGCUACUCUUACCGUGGCGAGGUAGAGAACUAUAUGAAUAGUGGCGACGAGGUUGAUUCGCGACUCCGUACCAGAUAUUUGCACAUGAGGUCGGAGAGCGACAAGCCCGGAAAUGAUGUGCAGGUGCAUGAGCUAUCUAUGGAAGAUGGUGUUGAGGCGCUGGCACUCGACAGCGAGGCCUUUGACGCGGCGUUUGGUGGCAAGUUAGAAUCAUCGAACCAACUGGCUAGGAUGUCAGCCGAGUACAUCGAGAAUGGAACUUCACCGGGACCGCUCAUGGAUUUUAUCUCCUUCCUGCAAGAAGAGAUCAAACGUUUUUCUCCAACGCACAUUAUCUCCAAUGACGGCUUAUCCAUGAAAGCUAGCCUCGCCCCAGAGCUAGCGCAUCUAACCAUGUCUCGCAUAGCAGUUGUGCAUACAGCCGAGCAACUCCCUUUUGGCCCCUUUGCGGGUGGUUUGCCCGGCCAUUCGAGUACGACGCGUGAAGCAGAUCUUUUCCAGAAGCUCGAUGGGAUCUGGAGCGUGUCAGAUACGAUACGAAAGUAUGCGCUUGAGCACGGCCAGCUCGAAACGCGGUUCUUGGUGCUUCAUCCCUGGACGUAUCUGGUGGGCAAGGAUCAUGCCAUCCCUGAUCGGGUCUUUAACUGGGACAAGAAGUUUGUAGGUAUGAUCAACCCCUGUCCGGUAAAGGGUGCGAGGAUAUUGGUCGAUCUGGCACGGAAGUGUCCGCAGUUGGAGUUUCUGACCUAUAUGAGUUGGGGCGCCGACGAUGCAACUGUGAAGGAUAUGGAAGCCUUGUCUAACAUGACUGUCCGUCCAUCUUGUGCCACAGCAAAAGAUCUCUGGCGCGAUAUUAAAGUUCUUGUCGUUCCGUCGCUCUGGUGCGAGGCCUGGGGCAUGGUGGUGGUAGAAGCUCACCUCCGGGGCAUUCCAGUUGUGUCAUCGAAUGCAGGUGCGCUGUCUGAGUCGAUGCUUGGGCUGGAUUAUAUCAUCCCGGUGACUCCCAUCACUGGACAGCGCGACGAGUCGGGGCGAUACUUGAUACCCGAGCAGGAUGUAGCACCAUGGGUCAAGGUUAUCACUAAGCUCAUGCAGGAUCGGUCUGAGUAUGAGAAGGUCUCGACUCAUGUGCGGAAUACAACGAUGAAAUGGUUGAAAAGCAACAGUGAGGCGGAUAUCGAGACUUGGUUGAUGGGUAUGAGGACAGAGUCAAAGAUUUGA